CUGGGUGCUCUUAACAGCUGCUUAUAACUUUGUUAUGAGGCAUAAGGGGAGAUAAGCAGGAGAAUGUGUUUUGCAAGCUUUUGUUUUCAUUUAGAAAUGAAACUGAAUGACCAGAGUUAGGAGCUGUGGUGGAAAACAAUCUGCAGGCUGCCUGUGGGUUGUAAGUGCUGCACAUCGGAGGUUACAGGGCCUCGAGGAGGCAAUGUGCUUUUCUUCUGCUGCCCCGGGUGUGACACGCAGCAGGGCAGAGCACACAAACUGCUUUAAAAAAAGCCCCGAAGGGUCUGUGAAAUGCUAUGAGAUGUACAUGGUGUGCUUGCUUUCUUGCUUCCUCAAGUUCUGUUUGUCUCUGGCACUUGGAGCGGAUGAACUCCACCCUCAAUACCUGAUCCCAGAGUCCUAAGAGGCACUGCCAGCAGCUCAGCUCGGCUGGGAGGUGAGAUGCAGGGCUGUGGUGGCACAGAGGAAGCCGUGUGAGGUUUGGUCAUGGAUCGGGUGAUGGCCUCCAGGCUGCUGGCAUUUUGGGAGAGGGGACAUCUGAAAGCAGAGCCCUGCAGCGUUGAUGUGUGUCCCUUGUGUGACAUGCAGCGGGAGGAGAUCACCAGAGACAGCUCCUGUGCAGCACACAGCACCACAGAGGAGAUGUUUCCUUCCCACUCUGCCCGUGCACAGAGCAGGAGCUGCUUCCUUGCACGUGCAGGAGGAGAGGGAGGUGACAGAACCUGGUGGGUGCUGGGCCAAACCUGAUCCAUACUCAGUGCCUUCAUUGAGCCAGAAAAGGAAGAGUUGCACAAACACUCUCGACAUACCUUUGUUAAUUAUUGCAUCUCUAAAACCGGAGAGCGUGGUGGUGGUGUUGUUGUUGUUUUUCCUGUGGCCUCUGUUGUUUGUUUUGCCUUCGUAAUAGGUGAACCUGUUAGGAGCCUUCCAGCUAAUGAGGUGCACAGCUUGCCUGUUGACCCACAGGCGAGGGCUGACACAGCGCUGACCCCGCAGCUCAUUGCAUCCUGACGCCCUCUGUGUUUCCCAGCCCGUGGCUUCCUGUGCUGCUGCAGACUUUGUGCUGUUUUUGGCUUCCCUGGGAGCAGGCGUGGCUCUCGUCUUUAUGAAGCGUUGCGGUGAAAAGACUAAUUACUGAUUGGACUUCAUGAGCAUAAAGCCCUGAGAUUGCUGCACUCCCCAGCCCUGAUCCUUCCAGCAUGGACCAGGAUUAUGAGAGACGUCUCCUGCGCCAAAUCAACAUACAGAAUGAGAACACAAUGCCCUGUGUAGCAGAGAUGAGAAGAACCCUGACACCUUCCAAUUCUCCAAUGUCAUCUCCCAGUAAACAUGGAGACAGAUUCAUUCCCUCGAGAGCUGGGGCCAACUGGAGCAUCAACUUCCACAGAAUAAAUGAAAAUGAAAAAUCACCAAGUCAGAACAGAAAAGCAAAGGAUGCUACGUCAGACAACGGCAAAGAUGGCCUUGCUUAUUCUGCCCUGCUGAAGAACGAGCUCCUGGGAGCAGGGAUUGAGAAAGUGCAGGACCCACAGACAGAGGACAGGAGGUUGCAGCCUUCCACUCCGGAGAAGAAGUCUCUCUUCACUUAUUCCCUCAGCACAAAACGUUCCAGUCCAGACGAUGGCAAUGAGGUCUCACCGUAUUCCUUGUCUCCUGUCAGCAACAAAAGUCAGAAGCUGCUAAGGUCGCCUCGAAAACCAACUCGGAAGAUCUCCAAGAUUCCUUUCAAAGUGCUGGAUGCCCCAGAACUGCAGGAUGAUUUCUACCUGAACCUGGUGGACUGGUCCUCUCUGAACGUGCUCAGCGUUGGCCUCGGGACGUGUGUUUACCUAUGGAGUGCUUGCACCAGCCAGGUGACCCGGCUGUGUGAUCUCUCUGUGGAAGGAGACUCUGUGACAUCCGUGGGCUGGUCAGAACGGGGGACCCUGGUGGCUGUUGGCACUCACAAGGGCUUUGUACAGAUCUGGGAUGCAGCUGCAGGAAAAAAGCUCUCCAUGCUGGAGGGACACACAGCCAGAGUUGGUGCCUUGGCAUGGAACGCAGACCAGCUGUCCUCUGGGAGCAGGGACCGAAUGAUCCUCCAGAGGGACAUCCGGACGCCCCCCCUGCAGUCGGAGCGGCGGCUCCAGGGCCACAGGCAGGAGGUCUGCGGGCUCAAGUGGUCCACAGACCACCAGCUCCUGGCAUCUGGGGGGAAUGACAACAAGCUCCUCGUCUGGAACCAUUCCAGCCUGAGCCCCGUGCAGCAAUACACGGAGCACCUGGCUGCAGUGAAAGCCAUUGCCUGGUCUCCACACCAGCACGGCCUCCUCGCCUCCGGUGGUGGCACCGCUGACCGCUGCAUCCGCUUCUGGAACACCCUGACAGGGCAGCCGCUGCAGUGCAUCGACACCGGCUCCCAGGUGUGCAACCUGGCCUGGUCGAAGCACGCCAACGAGUUGGUGAGCACCCACGGGUACUCGCAGAACCAGAUCCUCGUCUGGAAAUACCCCUCGCUCACUCAAGUAGCGAAGCUGACGGGGCACUCAUACAGAGUCCUGUACCUGGCGAUGUCCCCUGACGGGGAGGCCAUCGUGACAGGAGCUGGAGAUGAAACCUUGCGGUUCUGGAACGUCUUCAGUAAAACUCGCUCCACAAAGGUAAGGGUGCGUGCAGCUGCAGCAGGAAUUCAGGCUGUCUGCUCUCUCCUUCUGCCUCACCUCUGGGUCCAUUAACCUCACCCUGCGGAU